AUGCGCCAAGAAAACACUCAGACCAUUAAUGAUUUCCUCUCCCAAAUGUAUUAUGUUUGGGAUCAACUCGCUCUUUCUGAGCCUCCAUGGCCUCAUACUGAGGAUGCUUGGAUUAAAUGGUCUUCAAUGCUACAUUCAGUUGGUGUUGACCCCGGUAGUUGGCUGUCAUCAGGGAAUGCAGAUUUGGCAAUGAAGUUGAUGCGUAGUAAAAUUGGCAUUGGGUAUGAUAGGAUGGGUAGCAUUAAAAGGCGGGUGAAAUGGCAGACAUGUCUGGUCAAGUUUGGUGUGGAUGUUUACAGAGCAGAAAACACCAAUGGAAGCUCUCACUCUGCUCUGUACCCACCACAAAUCCCCACAAAACUUAACCCAACUUCCCAAUUCAGCUCAAACCCCAGAUGGGUUUUCACCUAUUCAGUCCCACCUCCAGAGUGGGUUCAACCCCUCAUUGACGUCUCUGAUCUCGUCACGGACCCCAAAAACCUCCAACCCUCCCCUUGGGUUCACCAAAUUCUCAACCUUCUGGACAAUUCACCAAACAUGGAGCACAAUUUAGACACUUAUUGCCACAAAUUUCUCAUCAAAUUGUCGCCCAGCUUUGUCGCAUUCGUGUUGCGUUCCGAUCGGCUUCGGGGCCAAUUCGACACGGCUUUACGGUUAUUCUACUGGACUGGUAAGCAAAAGGGUUAUACUCAUAAUAUUGAAUGCUAUGUUUCUUUGAUUGAUAUACUAUCAGUAUCUGGUGAUUUGAAUAGACUUAGAGGUGUGUUUGGUGAAUUUAAGGAUAGUGGUUUGUUGAUGAAUGUUUCCGCGGCUAAUUCUUUAAUUAGGAUCUUUGGGAGUUUAGGGAUGGUGGAGGAAUUGUUGUGGGUGUGGCGUCGAAUGAAAGAAAAUGAUAUUGAGGCGAGUUUGUAUACGUAUAACUUUUUAAUGAAUGGGUUGGUGAAUUCAAUGUUUAUUCAAUCCGCAGAGCGGGUUUUUGAGGUGAUGGAAGGUGGGAAGGUUGGGUCAGAUGUUGUAACAUAUAACACAAUGAUUAAAGGGUAUUGUAAGUCAGGGAAGACCCAGAAAGCAAUGGAGAAAUUUAGAGAUAUGGAAGUGAGAAAUGUGGAACCUGAUAAGAUCACUUAUUUAACUUUGAUGCAGGCGUGCUAUUCGGAGGGCGAUUUCGAUUCUUGUUUGAGUCUUUACCAAGAAAUGGAAGAGAAGCAAUUGGAGAUUCCACCUCAUGCUUAUAGUUUAGUGAUUGGAGGGCUUUGUAAAGAUGGGAAGUCUUCGGAAGGCUAUGCUGUUUUUGAAAAUAUGGUUCGGAGUGGUUGUAAAGCUAAUGUGGCUAUAUUUACUGCUUUGGUCGAUUCAUAUGCCAAAUGUGGGAACAUGGAAGAGGCUUUAAGGCUUUUUGAGAGAAUGAAGAGUGAUGGGUUUGAACCUGAUGAAGUAACGUAUGGGGUAAUUGUUAAUGGUUUAUGCAAAUCUGGGAGGUUGGAAGAGGCUGUGAAGUAUUUUAAAUGGUGUAAAGUUAACAAUGUGUCUGUAAAUGCAGUGUUCUAUUCAAGUCUCAUUGAUGGUCUUGGAAAAGCUGGGAGGGUUGAUGAAGCUGAGAAACUUUUUGAAGAAAUGGUUAAGAAGGGAUGCACACGGGAUUCAUAUUGCUAUAAUGCACUUAUUGAUGCCUUGGCUAAAAAUGGGAAGAUUGAUGAAGCAUUAGUGCUCUUUAAGAGAAUGGAAGAUGAAGGUUGUGAUCAGACUGUGUAUACGUAUACCAUAUUAAUCGACGGAUUAUUCAAAGAGCAUAGAAAUGAAGAGGCAUUGAAGUUGUGGGAUAUGAUGAUUGAUAAGGGUAUUACUCCUACUGCUGCUUCUUUUAGAGCUCUUUCAACUGGGCUCUGUCUUUCAGGCAAAGUGGCAAGGGCUUGCAUGAUUUUAGAUGAUCUGGCACCGAUGGGGAUCAUUCCAGAAACAGCUUUUGAAGAUAUGAUCAAUGUUUUGUGCAAAGCUGGCCGUAUUGAGCAGGCUUGCAAGUUGGCCGAUGGGACUAUUGAUAGGGGACGAGAAAUACCUGGAAGAGUUCGCAGUAUUUUGAUCAAUGCCUUGAGAAAAGCAGGGAAUGCAGAUUUGGCAAUGAAGUUGAUGCGUAGUAAAAUUGGCAUUGGGUAUGAUAGGAUGGGUAGCAUUAAAAGGCGGGUGAAGUUUCGUAUUCUCAUUGACAGUUGAUUCUUGGCCAGAUUUUGGGUUCCACUUGAAUUGAAUGAUUUGUUUAGCUGUGUGCUUCAAAGCUGGCCUGACAUAAUUCAUCAUCUGACUUUGUCGAGCUGAUGAUGACCCCACCAGAAUUUAUCUUUUUAAUUUAAGAGGUCAUCUAUAAAGAAAAAGAAGCAUCAGAAAAUUGGUUUGGGAAGUGAUAUAAUUGACCUCAUAACAUUAUUAUCAGAUACCCUUCUGAUAAUUUAGAUGGCAGACAUGUCUGGUCAAGUUUGGUGUGGAAGUUUACAGAGCAGAAAGCUCUAAUGUUGUACCAACUAUAGUUGUUUGCUACAUCUAUGCGAUCAUGUUUGUAUGGGAGGUUUUAUGCUUUGUAUCACCUACCAGAUUCCAUUGUCGAAGACAAUUUUUCCUGAAGAAUUUGCUAAGCCUCUUAUUGAUCAUUAUCUGAAGAGAUGAAGUGGUUUAAAAAGGGCAAAUAUGCACAAGAACCUUCAAGGUUCCCUCCCUCCUAAGUGGCUGCUGAAAUCUUGAAAUUUCUUUUGGGAGAAUGCCAUCUUUGUAAGUACAUAUACUCUGCCUACAUAAUUUUCAGAUCAUCCCUGACUUAAUUUUAAUGCCAAUUGCUCAUGUUAUGAAUAGAAAUGAUUCUCUUGGGUUGCAAAUAGCAGUUGGUCCCCACUCUUUGCA